AAGCUGCCUGCAAGACCUUCCACCAUCCAUUUCAAAACAUUGCCAUAGAUGAAAGGAUGGUGGCAUCUAGGGCAAGAAUAGGGCUAAAGCAAUAUAUGAAACAAAAACCAACAAAGUGGGGCUACAAGGUCUUUGUUUUGGCAGACUCCAUCCAUGCCUACACAUGGAAUUUUUUCAUCUAUGAAGGCAAGUCCCCUGAAGUGGGUGAAGAAAGCAGGGGAUUGAGCUAUGAAUCGGUGAUGGCCCUAAUUGAUGAGAGGAUGUUGGGAACUGGCUACAAACUCUAUGUAGACAAUUUCUACACCAGUCCAUCGCUGUUCCGUGAUCUCCGUCAGAAGGGCAUUUGGGCCUGUGGGACUAUUCGGAGCAACCGGGUGGGCUUCCCACGGUCAAUUAUCAACAGGCUGCCCAAAAAUGCCCCCCGUGGGAGUAUGCGCUGGAUUCGGGACGAUGAUCUGCUAUUUGUAGAGUGGAAGGACACAAGAGAAGUUGUCAUGUGUUCGUCCUUUCAUUCUGCAAAUGGAGAUCGCACUGUCCAAAGAAAAGUCAAAACAAGAGACCAAGGAUGGGUGCAGAUGUCAGUUCCAAUUCCUUCUGUAGUCUCUGACUACAACAAGAACAUGGGAGGAGUGGACCUCUCUGAUGCCCUCAUCAGUUAUUAUACUGUUCUCCGUAAGACCAGAAAAUGGUACAGGUCUCUGUUUUACCACUUCAUCGAUAUUGGAGUGGUAAAUGCAUUCAUCCUCCACCAACAAAUGGCUGCUCUACGGAACCAGAGGCCAAAAACACAGAAGGAAUUCAGGGAAGCACUGGUCCUGGAACUUGUGGACUGGAUUCCUCACAACCAAACCAGUUCUGCUCCUUCUGCACCAGCUCCUCAAAGUAGGCAGGACACCACAGGCCACCACAGGCCGAAACAUAUUGAUGGAUCCAGGAGAAGAUGCAAAGUGUGCCAUCAAAAGACUUCUGUGUUCUGCAAUGACUGUGGUUCCUUCUUUUGUUUCUUUCCAAUGCGAGAUUGCUUCAAUCCUUAUCAUGAUGAUUUAUAGUUGUGUAGCAGUAAUUGUAAGAAGUUGUAAAUAGUUUAUAAAUAGUUCAAAAUAUGUAAAUAGUUUUAGUUUCUAAUAUAUGUGCCAGUUUUGUGAUAUUUUUGUU